AUGAGUUGUGGUGCUGUGUGUCCUGACAGUUUCUGUCACCACGCAGACGGAUGUUACCAUGCAGUGGGCCUUAAUGUCACAUGGAUAGAUGCCAGGUCAUACUGCGAGGUGUUGGGUGGGCAUCUCUUGUCCCCUGUGUCCCAGUCCAUGGCAGCUGCGGCAGAGGGCGCUCUUCGUAGAAUAAAAGGCACAAUCUUCCCGGGCAUGUUUUGGAUGGACAUCACAGAUCUGUUGAACCCCAAGGACUGGAAGAGGAUGAGCGACAAGAAGGCUCUCAACUUCACGAAUUGGAACACCACUUUCGAUACUGUUACCUCGGAAGAGGGCGCCCGGAACUGCGCGUACAUUUCAGAGUCCCUGGACUACAGAUGGGUUGCUGCUUCGUGUAUGGUGGAGAUCAACUUUCUCUGCUAUCAUGCCGAACUGCCACCAAUCCCAGAGCAAUACUUGGCUAGUACCACGAGGGUCUACAACAGGCAGGGUUGGGGUUGGACAAAUAAGGACGAUGAUGAUGAUGACGACUACUGA